AUGCUGUCCGGCUCACCCCCAAUGGCAUCCUCUGCAUUGCCAAUUGCCAUCGACCCGGUGGCUCUGGUGACUACCGAAUGCAUCACCGUCACCUCGUCCAUGCGGAAGCAUGCCCGCUGGGCACACUCGUCCGUCUCCGCCAUCCUCGGCGGCAAUGGGGGGUCCCGCGUCUACGGCGAUACCUCUGCUCCCCCCAGUCCUCGAAACGGACGACCGACAUCUCGUCUCGAUGAUGACCACGCUUUGGCCAACCGCUGGGGCCUACGGGGGAAGAAAGGGAAGAGCAUGCAGGACAAUCCGUUGAUAUCGGCCUUUACACGCUUGCGGAGUGACCUCAAGGGUUGCAAAGAUAUCCGCACUUUCGACACCCCGGCCCUCCUCCACCCCUUCCUGCAGGUCAUUCGGUCUUCGUCGACCUCCGCCGCCAUCACAUCCCUUGCCUUGAACGCCGUCACCAAAUUCUUCUCCUAUAACAUCAUCAACCGGGACUCGCCCCGGCUCUCCAUGGCGAUGCAGCUACUCUCCGCAGCAAUCACUCACUGUCGAUUCGAAGCGAGUGACUCCUCCGCGGACGAGAUUGUUCUGUUGAGGAUCCUCAAGCUGAUGGAGGGCAUGCUAUCCCGGCCCGAAGGUGAACUGUUGGGUGAUGAGAGCGUCUGCGAGAUGAUGGAAACAGGCUUGAGCAUGUGCUGCCAAGGCCGUCUGUCGGAAGUGCUGCGGAGGUCUGCCGAGAUGGCCAUGGUCAAUAUGUGCCAGGUCAUCUUCAUGCGCCUGUCGCAGCUCGACGAAGGUCUUCCCGCAGGACAAGACUCUUUUGGAGACGAAGACGUCAAAAAGAGCUCUGUCUCUCACUUGAAAAUGGAUCCAUCUGUAAACGGUGACACCGUGACUUCACAACACCUGUCCGCCAUGAGCUCGGAUACAGGUGCUGCCGAACAAGACAGCACCAGUCGCGAGGGAACUCCGGAGCAAACAAAUAACAAUAAUCCAACGGCCGCCACCGCACCGCCAAAUCCGGAAGAUGAUGAGAAAGACGCUCAGCCUUAUGCCUUACCGUCCAUACGGGAGUUGUUUCGUGUCUUGAUCGAUCUCUUGGAUCCUCAUAACAGACAACACACGGAUACUAUGAGAGUGAUGGCGCUGCGAAUCAUUGACGUUGCUCUGGAAGUUGCUGGCCCAUCUAUUGCUCGUCACCCCAGCUUAGCAGCUCUGGCCAAGGACGAUCUCUGUCGAUAUCUCUUCCAACUGGUUCGCUCGGAGCAUAUGAUGAUUCUCACCGGAUCUCUGCGAGUCGCCGGCACGCUCUUAUCGACAUGUCGCUCCGUGCUCAAGCUACAGCAGGAGCUUUACCUAUCAUACUUGGUGGCUUGUCUUCAUCCGCGGGUGGAGAUACCGCGAGAACCGGGCAUCGACCCAUCUCUCUAUGAAGGAGUCCCGCAAUCACCGAAAUUGGUCAAGCAGCCCCAAUCACAAGCAAACAGCGGUCGAUCGACUCCUGUCCCCGUCAAGGAUCGGCAAAAGCUGGGACUGGAAGGCGGCUCACGCAAACCUGAAGCCCGUGAGGCAAUGGUCGAAAGCAUUGGGGUUUUGUCACGAAUUCCCAGCUUUAUGGUUGAGCUGUUUGUUAACUACGACUGUGAAGUGGACCGUGGUGAUCUGUGUGAAGACAUGAUCGGGCUACUCUCGCGGAAUGCCUUCCCAGACUCGGCGACAUGGAGCACAACAAAUGUCCCGCCGCUCUGCCUCGACUCCCUUUUGGGAUACGUGCAGUUCAUUCACGACCGACUGGACGAUCAACCGGUGGAAGGAGAUCAUCCUUCGGUGGAGCGCCUCAGAAGCCAGCGUAAAACCAAAAAGAUCAUCAUCAAGGGAGCACAGAUGUUCAACGAAGGUCCGAAAGCUGGAAUUGCCUGGCUUGCCGGUCACGGUGUCAUCGAGGAUCCGAACGAUCCCGUGUUGGUUGCCCGCUUCCUGAAAGGCACCACCAGACUGUCGAAAAAAGUACUGGGAGAAUACAUCUCUAAGCGUGAUAAUGGGGAACUGCUGGGAGCAUUUGUGGAUCUCCUCGAUUUCUCUGGCAAGAAUGUAGUAGAGGCUCUUCGAGAGCUUCUCGGCUCCUUCCGCCUUCCUGGCGAGUCGCCACUCAUUGAGAGAAUCGUCACGACCUUUUCUGAGCACUACAUGCAAAAGGCGCAGCCUGAAGGUAUUGCUGAUAAGGACUCGCUGUUUGUUUUGACGUAUGCUAUCAUCAUGCUCAACACGGAACUCUAUAACCCCAACGUGAAGUCGCAGAACCGCAUGUCUUGUACUGCAUUUGCGAGAAACUUGCGGGGGGUAAAUGGAGGUGGGGAUUUUGCGGAGGAGUAUCUCCAAGAGAUCUACGACUCCAUCAAGGAGAACGAGAUCAUCCUGCCCGACGAGCAUGAAAACAAGCAUGCUUUUGACUACGCCUGGAAGGAAUUGCUGUUGAAGUCAGGCACCGCUGGGGAAAUGGUGAUUGGCGAGACCAACGCAUUUGACUCGGAGAUGUUCGAAGCCACCUGGAGACCCGUGGUGGCUACCCUCUCAUACGUCUUCAUGUCCGCGUCUGAUGACGCGGUUUAUUCCCGGGUGGUCAAUGGCUUUGACCAAUGUGCUCAGAUUGCUGCGCGUUACGGUUUGACCGAAGCAUUUGACCGCAUCAUCUUUUGCCUUGCCUCGAUCAGUACGCUAGCUACCAGCAAACCGCCAAGUACUGCGCUCAAUACAGAGGUCCAGGUGGGCAAGAAGAGUGUGAUGGUGAGCGAGCUAGCUGUCAAGUUUGGCAGGGAUUUCCGAGCGCAACUCGCAACCGUGGUCCUCUUCCGGGUUUUGGUGGGCAAUGAGUCCACGGUGAAGCGAGGAUGGGAAGACGUCGUUCGAAUCCUCUCUAAUCUCUUCGUGAACUCUCUUGUUGCGCCGCUCGAUUCCAACCUCACAGCCGAGCUUGACAUCUCGCCCAUCCCACUCCAUCCGCCGUCGCAUAUCGUCGAUCGGGAUGGCCGCAGUAAUGAUACGGGUUUGUUGUCGGCAUUUACAUCCUACCUUUCCAGUUAUGCGGCGGACGACCCUCCUGAGCCCUCUGACGAAGAGCUUGACAACACCCUUUGCACCGUGGAUUGUGUUGCCGCAUGCUCGAUCCCUGAGAUCUUGACAAACCUCAAAUCUCUCCCUUUGUCAUCAUUGGAGACGCUUAUGGAAGUAUUGCUAUCCCAUCUGCCUGAGGAUAAUGCCCCCGCCGUCAUUGUUGUCAAGCCAGAACGACCAACUCCUUCCUCCCGGCCCUCGACCAGCAGAGUGGACCCUAAUCGACCGAAAUACGACCCUUCAAUGAUUUUCAUCCUGGAAUUAGCGACUGUUCUUACCCUCCGUGACACGAAGACGCUUGAACUCCUUGGAGAGUCUCUGGCCACCACUCUCCAAGCGCAAGUGCGUGAUGCGAAGAACCUUCACCCAUUAGCUCUGUCUCGCAUUGUUUAUUACCUCCUCAACUUGUUACGGUUGAGUCACGACCAACCUUUUAUGCGCGUCCCUGUUGUACUCCACGCUAUCUCUGGAUUUGACCAGGAUGUUUUGGAAACCGUUGCCACCGCGACGGUGAAGGGUCUCUCGCGGUGCGUUGCACAUGCAGGCCGGCUGAGGAACGAGAUUACCAUUUCUCCCGACUUCUGGUCGAUUCUACAGAGACUCCACCAGCACGGGGAAGCUGGUCCUAUGGUCUUUGAGCUGCUUCAGAACAUUGUCGAGUCGAUGUCAGUCAUUGUGACGGCGGAUAACUACGAAUUUGCUGUCAGUCUUGCAAAGGACUUUGUCAGCGCAGGGAGUGUAGGGUCCCUCGAAGAGAGGCAAAGGGAUGUUCAUUCUCGUCGAAGCAAGGGUGUCAAGCAACCCAAGGCCAGUGAGAAUCAAGCAGUAGCUCGGGGCAUCAAAGCCAUUGGCCUGAUCUAUCAACUGAGCCGACGAGUACCAACGCUCAUCAAGCAGUCUCAUCUUGAAGAGCGCGAGGCCUGGGCUGCCUAUUGGUCUCCUAUCUUCCAGUCUCUAACCGAUCAAUGUGUCAAUCCCUGCCGCGACAUCCGCCAUCAUGCCAUCUCCACACUGCAGCGAUCCCUGUUGUCGGCGGAGCUGAUUGCAAGUGACGACCAGGAGUGGGCUUCGAUCUUUGACGAGGUUCUGUUUCCGCUUAUUCUUCUCCUUCUCAAACCAGAGGUCUAUCACUCCGACCCCAUCGGCAUGAGUGAGACCCGAGUCCAAGCCGCAACUCUGCUCUGCAAGAUUUUCCUGCGUUUCCUCGACCAGCUUCCCAACCGCGAGGGCAUGCUCCCUCUCUGGCUCAAGAUUCUGGACAUUCUCGACCGGAUGAUGAACAGUGGCCAAGGAGAUAGCCUCGAGGAAGCCAUCCCUGAAAGUCUCAAGAACAUUCUCUUGGUUAUGGCUGACGGUGGCUACCUCGUGCCUCCGUCCCAAGAUCCCAGCAAAGAGGAGAUGUGGCUCGAAACCCGCAAGCGACUGGGGCGCUUCCUUCCUGAUCUCUUUGCUGAGAUCUUCCCUGAGGCCCCCAAAGAACCUGAAAAGUCUCAGCCAGGCUCCGCUGUAUCAUCUCCGCCGAUGGUGAGCAGUGGAGAUGGUGAGACUGAGAAGAAAGAGGACGCCGCGCUCCCACCAACAGGCGAAUCUAUCGAGACAGAAGCUGCUGCUACCAGUGAUAGUGGCCAAGAAGAGGAACUCAGCGAAGCUGCUGAGACCGAGCUGGCGUCCCAGGACGAUUUCUCAUAA